CGUCCCUGGCACCCAUCUCUCCCAUGCCAGGCGCCCAUCUGCGCCGUCCCUGGCGCAGCGCCAGAGGGAACAAUGAGUGCAGCCAGCUCCUUCCCUGCCCCGGGGGGGGGCACACACAGCUGCCCGUGCAGAACCGGGGCGCAGCCCCGCCCGGGUACGUGAUGGGGUCCAGGGCUGGGUGAGGAGGGUGGGCAGUGCUCACUGUUUGCCUUGGCAGCCCCAGAAAUGCCAGGGAAGGGCUCUCGUGGGGUUUUGUGUCCCCUCCCUGGCUCUUCUCUGUGCUCGGCAAACAGCACAAGUGGCAGCUGGAGUGGCCUCAACCUCCCCCGGCCGCGCCGGAUCCUAUAAAUCCCCCCGGGCCCGGGCUGGCAGAGGGACAGGAGAGCUCGGAGAGAUGGACGACAGCUCCAAAGAGGCGCUGAUGGAGGAGGCACCUCCGAGGUACAGCGAGUCCCCGCGCCCGCCCUGCGUCCCCCACGAGCUCAAGAGCCUCCUGCUGCUGGUGGCGCUGGUGGUGGUGGCCCUCGUGGUGGUCAACGUCACCUUCCUGCUGCUGGGGCUGCACCUCAGCGAGUCACACGCCGAGACGGUGUUGAGAAUGACCAUCCACGGGCUGGAUGGCGAGGGGACCCCGCAGCAGCUCGCCAUGAACAAGAAGGAAAGGACCGGGACGUUCGCGGUGCGGGACGGGCUCAACGCCUCCGCCGCCGUGGUGUACGACUACGGCAAGCUGCUGGUCGGCUACAGGUCCUGGCGUCAGCGCGCCUGCUACAUCACCCGCGUGGACAAGGACAACGUCCCGGGGCUGGACGCUGUCACCGAGAGCUUCCAGCGCCGCCAGGAUGAGGACAAGGCCGUGCCCCUGGCUGACCGCUCCAUCCUGGGCACCACCAUCAACAUCCUCUGCAGCGCCGUGCCCGUGUUCUGGGCGUAGGAGCAGCUCCCAUCGAGGCGGGGAUGUCGCUGUCCCACACGCUGCCUUCCAGGAGGGAUACUCGGGAAUCUCUCCUCCUCCUCCUCCUCGUCCCCACCCCGGGGACAGCCACCCCGCCACCGGGGUGCUCCACCCGCUGUCGCGGCUUUCCCACCGCUCUCACCCUAAAAAAAAAAGAAAAAAAAGAAAGAAAA